AUGCAAGGAAUGGGUAUGCCAGGUGCAAUGGGAGCACCAAAGAAGAAGGCUGAAGUCGUGAUUCCAAAGCUGAUCGCAAACGAUAAAAACAAUAGAAUUUACUAAAUUAUCAACAAAGGCUAUGCCCUUUUCUACAUCGUUGGUUCUUUUGGCAAGAAACUUCUUUGGUUUACUUCAUGCAGUAUAUAUCUAUUUAAAAUUAUCAACAACUAUUUAGUGGCUUUCAUGUUUAUAUUGCCAAUGGGAUUCGAAAUUUUCAGCGAGCAAUCUAGGAUUUUAGCAAAAAUUCAAAUGUAGAUGAUGAGCGAGUCAAUGAUGGGAGGCAUAGGCGGAGCAGAUAUGCAACCACAAAUCAGACCAUUUUGA